GAAUUAUAAACCAAUCAGAGAAGUCGAUAGAAAAUGAACAACUUCAACGAUUCAUUAGCAAGAAAAAUGGCGGCAGCCACGGCUCUUACAUUUGGUCAAAAUAAACCCACUGGUUUAGGAACCACAACAACACCAGGAUUUUCUUUUGGCGCAUCAACCGCUACUCCAUCAGCGGGCAGUGCAUUUUCUGCAUCAGCUCCAUCAACUAUUUCUUUUGGCACACCGAAAACGAAUGCAACAUCAACUGGUUUUUCUGCUUUCGGUGGUCUUGCCACUUCAAAACCAGCGACUUUAAGUGCAUUUGGCCAAACAUCAACGGCAUCUACGGGUGGAUUUAAGUUUGGUUCAACGGCAGCAACUACUACUGCUUCAAGUGCAUUGUCUUUAAGUAAUUUACAAACUGUUAAUCCUGGGACUACUAGUUUAUUUUCGGCCGUAGCACCAAAAACUACAGGAACAUCCAUAUUUGGUAAUACAACUACAACWGCUACAUCAGGUUUAUCCCUUGGCAGUACASCUGGCACAAGUGGGCUGUUUGGGGGACUGGCAACUACAAAUGCAGGCACAUCAAGCGCGCAAACAAGUAUUACUGGAUUAGGGGGAACUGGGACUAGUGCCACUGUCUCGUUAUCUGGAAAUGUUCAUGGUAUUGCAGGGAAGCCAAGUGAGAUUCAAAAUCUGAAAGACAACCAAGUACCCAAACCACUGAUCCAAGUAGUUGAGGAAAUGAAAAACUAUGUAAAACAGCAAAAAGAUCACAGAGAUGAGAUUGCAAGGUUUUCUGUCAGUAAUAUUCAAAAGGUCCAAGAAGAGACAGUGUCGUUAAGGCAGUCCCUUGCUGUUGUGUCAAAUAGUAUUCAACGAGAUGCAUGUGCUGUGGAAAACUUGAAAAUGGAUGUUGCUCAGGAAUUGAAAAAUGCAGAAAUUGCUCAACACACAAGUGAGAUACCACCAGCACUACAACAUGAAAACAUGGCUCCACAGGAAUACUUUGCAAGGCUUGUUGAGAGCUUUGAAGAGCGUAUGCAAAUAUACAGGAAACAAAUUGAAAUUAUGGAAAGUCAUUUAGCCUCACUCUCACAAGGACAGGCACUGACACCACAAGAUUUGUCGCUGGUCAUGCACAAAGUUCACAAUACAUUCAUUGCUCUAGCAGCACAAUUACAUGGAAUACAUGAAGCUGUCAAGCUUCAAAAAGAGCAUUACUUAAAUUAUCGCAAGGCAUACUUCAAAGACAACACAGAUAUAUUUAUGAAAAAUACCAGGGUUUCUACAAGGCCAAAUAUAGGAACAGGAGUUGGUCCAUCACCAUUCAGUAAUGUACCCACUAGUGGCUUGAAUACUACUUUAGGCUCUAAAAUUCAGACUACUGGACUUGGGACAUCUGGAUUAGGAACCACAUCUAAUCGACUUGGCAUCUCAUCAGGGUUUGGGUCAUCACUUGGAGGGUCAGGUUUAAACACAUCAUUUGCAACACCRGGUACAUCAGGGUURGGAGCUGGAUUCAAAGCCCUGGGAAGUCAACCAGCUGGUGCAACUGCAGGUUUUGGUGUUGCUGGUCAAGUCAAUAAAACAAUUGGAUUUGGGACUCCAAAUACAGCCCUUGGUUCAUCAUUUGGCAGUCCUGCAUCAUCUAAUCUAAAUCUUUCACGAUUUGAGCUGCAAAAACCUCCUGCUGGYAAUAAAAGAGGGAAGAAAAGAUAGAAGGAACUUCUUCUGCAGAAUAGUUAUUACUGGAAUUACUUGCUGUGGUUCAAAUAUUAUUAGUUUUUCUUUCCUUAAUUUUAUAAAACAAGUUUGAACCAUAGCAUGCUCAUAAAACUUGUCCGAUAUAACUGAUAUUUAAUUAGGAACAGAGUUCAUGACAAAUCUUUUGCUCCUCACAACUUGCCUGAUAAUCAAUUCAUCAUUUCUUGUGCUGAUUGWCAACCUGUUUAAAACUCGCUUGGAUGCUCAUCAUAACAAAUUACACAGUUGUUAUCAGAAAUAUUUUAUAAAGGAAUAUACAAAACUA